UAACUGAAAUUUGUGGCCAGCAAACUCUCUGUCUGUCUAACUACUUAUCUACCUCUCCAUCUACCUGUCACUGUGUGUGUGUAACCGCCGUGCUCUCCUUGCAGGGCGGCGCGCCAGCAGAGGAUGCCGGGCCGCGGCUCACCUGCCUGACCCACCGCCGACGCCGCCAGCUGGUGACGCCGCCGUGAGUGGUCGCCGCAGCCCCCCUCCCCCUCCACACAUACGCCCACCCCCCGCUGCCUCCCCCUCCCCCCAAAGGACUGUACUCCAGUGUUUCCAGGACAGUCAUUCCCGUGAACACCACGCCUGAGCGCCUCGCCUUGCGCCGCAUGAUGUGACUCCCCCCGGCAGGAGCAGUGUAGCGGUGCGCGGCGCGGUCCAGACGCCCAUGAGCCAGGCAGCGCCGCCUGCCUCCCCUCCCACGCUCCUGUAGUGCCGUGCGUCAUGGCGGCCAAGCUCCCCCGCGGCGCCUGGGUGGUCGUGGUUUUCCUUAUGGCCCCGGGGUUAAGGGUCGGCGCGGCGACCAUGGACAGACCUGAGGGCGCCGUUCCGGGCCAGCCCCAGCCACGCCCCAUCCCGCCGUUCUCUCCCUCCCUGGAACUCGCGCGCUCCAUGGGCUCUUCCCCCGUCACGCCGCAGGGCAGGGACCCGCCGGCCCUGGAGAGCCCCCGCGCAGCCGUCACCAAAACCAGCACCACGCCCAUGGAGGAUGCCCUGGAGGACGCGGCGGUGGCGUCAGGGGACUCUGAGGGCCAGGACGUGUACGAGCGAGGCGCCGUGUAUGACAGAAGUCAGGACCUGGUGGAGGAGCACGUGGAGGAGGCCCCGCUGGGCGACCUGCCGCUGGGCGAGGAGGAAGAGCAGGACGUGUGUCCGCCACGCCUCCCCCACGACUACAUCACGUGGCGGCGCAACAACAGAGUCGUCAGGGCCACGCUGCCCCACCAGGUAUUCAGCUCGUGCACGCCACCCCUCAGGUGUAGCGUCACCACCACCGUGCACCGGCGAGUGUUCCUGCAGGACGGCGACACCCUGGAAGUGCUGCUGCAGACCCCGCCAGACUACACCCCGCCCUCCUCACCCCAGCCCCCUCCCACCUCCACCGCUUCCACCACUACCACCACCACCACUACCGCUGCUCCUCCUCACCCCUCCUCGUCCUCGCCCUCAAACGCCAGCCUCACCACUCCCACCACCACCACUACCACUGAUUCCACGUCUGCUGCUGCGUCUACUCCUACUACUACUACUGCCGCUCCUGCUUCUGGUUCUGCUGGCACCUUCGCUACCACCACUACCCGCCAGGAGAUGACUUCGAAGACAUCCGCCAAGUCAACAGAGCCCAGUUUGAGUCCACCCCUGACGCUGCCCACCUCACGAGCCCCCCACAGCCCCCCACACACCCCGCCAGCCCACCACCACCUCAACAUCCCCAACAACACGCACAUCUUCAGCCGUGUAGACCACCCAGCCCACCCCUCAGCCCCCAGCAGAAGAAAGAGGCAGGCACAAGGGGUUCGAUUCCCGCAGCCGCCAAUACUGACCUUGGAGGAGUCACGUGGGAGCUUAGAUUCCACGAAGUACCCAAUGAACGGUGCCCAAGGGUUGUUAUCCACGCCCCCACAGACUGAUACGGCUAACCAGAGUUCUACGUCACCUCUUACAAUUUGGAAGGCCAGUGUGUCGGAGUGGGCGUCCUGCAGCACACGGGAGGGUUCGCAGGUUGGGGAGAGCGGGCCCGAGGGAGUGGUCACCAUCUCGCCAAGGCUCCUACAAGUCGGCAGCAACUACUUCAUUGGCCGCUCGUCUUGGUCCUCGACGGAGUGCUUCAAGCUGCAAGUGACGGUGAGGUCGGCGGAGUGCGGGGAAGGCUCGCUCUGCUCCGGCAAGGGCUCGUGCUACACCAAGACAGAUAUGGAGCAUUUCCAGUGCAAGUGUUGUGACGGCUACAUCGGCAGCCACUGCGAGGAGAUGGACGCUUGUAACGGCGACCCCUGCCUCAACGCCGGCAUCUGCGUGGACAUCCAGGAGGGGCACGACGGGGACACCUUCCAGUGCCUGUGUCCCUACGGAUUCCGAGGACGCUUCUGUGAGGAGCGAACGAACCUCUGUGAGUCGGGGCCCUGCAGGAACGGCGCCACCUGCACGGGCAACCACUCCAGCUACACAUGCCACUGUCCCUCGGGGUGGACGGGGCCGCAGUGCACGGUGAGGAGCAGGCCGCCCGUCGACGAGUCCAGGAAGGCUAUGGGAUGCGCGGCGGGACCCUGCGAGCACGGCGUGUGUGUGGAGACUUCCGGCCAGAACGUGAGGUGCUUCUGCCAGCCAGGCUUCGGCGGGCAGCGGUGUGAGUUCGAGUACAAUGAGUGCGACUCGAGUCCUUGUGUCAACGGAGGCACGUGCGUGGACCACAUCGGCGGGUACGAGUGUCUGUGUGGGCGAGGCUACACCGGCACACGCUGCGAGAUAAAGUUUGACCUGUGCGAGCCCAACCCGUGCGCCGCCAACCUGAUCUGCGUGGACAAGGGCAACAGCCACUCCUGCGAAUGUCUCCGGGGCUUCACGGAGGACAACUGCGGCCCACACCCACAGCUAUGCACGCCCAACCCCUGCGACAACGGCGGCACGUGCUGGAACCUUCCCGACGCCAACGUGUUCUACUGUGCCUGCCGGGCUGGGUUCACCGGCACCACUUGUCAAGGUAUCCUGCAGGAGCCGCACGACGAGGCCGUGCCGGAGACGGUGGGCGUCGUGGGCACCAUGGAGACGGCGCCCCUGGAGGUUCACCUUCCCAUGGACAUGCCCUUCGACCAUAUGAAGAACAUCUACGUGGCCAUCGCGACCCUGGCGGCGGCGCUUCUGAUAUUCAUCGUAGUGGUCGGAGUCUGCCAUUGCCGGGUCAACAGGACGUACAAGAAGUUUUUAGUGAAGCUGCCGCGGCCACACAAGGUGAUGCCCACCGUGAAGCGGCCGCGGCCCACCUCCCUCUUUGAGAAGCCGAGGUUCGUGAGGAACUGGUACGACAAGCGGGGUGACCGGGCGGGGUCCCUGCGGCUGGAGGCGGAGAACGACGGCGCCUCCAUGCCCAUGACGGCGUCCAACUCGAGCUCUGACGCCGUGUACUACAACAUGGACGUGUGCGACAACCAGGAGCUGCCCCUCAUCAAGUAGUCGCCGCCACACCCACCCAGCACGACAUAGCCACCUCCUCCUCCUCCUCCUCCUCUUUUUCUUCCUCCUCCGCGACACCCAGGAGCUGCCUCCCAAGUAGUCGCCGCCACGCCAACUCCGGCACAUCUGCACCACCACCUCUGUCUGCUCUCCCUCUUUAUUUCCCUCUCCUCUUCCAUCGCGUUGAAACACUCCAGACUUCUGUCUUACUAGACCGUUUCAUCUCUUCAACCACCCCGACGACUGUGGUGAUUUCUUUAAUCCGUUAUUGCGUGUGAAUAAACUUUCGUAUUCAUAUGAAGGUGAUGAUAAAGAGCAGAAGGAUGAAGAAGAAGAAGGGCUCGCCGCUGUGCAUCUUGUGGAAGUUUGCGACAAAACGAUCAGGAUUGCCCCGCUCAGGCAGUCCCCGCAAGGCAAUGUUACGAGCCUUCGCUGUUUUCGUCUGAGUGCUUGGCCAAGUGUUGUGUUCCACUGCGGUGAGCUACUUCUUUUCUCUUCGUCGUGUUUUGAACAUUGCAGAGACUCAAAUGGUUGAUGUGUACGCCCCACGAACACGUGAAGAGGUUACAGUACAAUUAGCCUACCUUGUAUUAUGGUUAAGAUCAUUAAUUAUUCGUUUCCAGGCCUACUUUUCCGCACUUCACACGGUUUUCUUGAGUAUCCCUCAAAUACAACACCAGAAUCACGGCCAAAUUUUAGAGUUCCAACCUCUCAGUAUUUCUUGUGAGAGACAGCUGAUGAAACAAGUCAAAGUUGGUAAACCAAAUGAAGUGGGAAAGAACUAGACAAAAAAUAAAUAAAGUAAGAUUAGCACUUCAGGUCCAACAUACACCAGGAACACAAGUAGUCAUUAAAGAGCAGAGUAAACUACAGCAUUUAGUGAGGCAGAAUUCUCUAGUCAAGCUUACGUUUCUCUUGGACACGUCAUGAACCUUGGCUAAUAAGGUACCGAUGGUGUUUCCUCGAUGGAUUCCAUUUCACACAUGUUUCAUAAUUCCUUUAGAGUCCCUAUACAGUGCAUUUAGAUCCUGUUGAUGUAGUCAUUUAUACCCCUUAAAGGAUAGACAGACAUCGUUUUAGAGUAUUUUAUGUGAGGUCAUAAUAUUUUACAUCUACUUACCGUUCAGUAUGCCACAGAUGAUUAGUUUAAAGGAAUAUUUCAGAGUCCUCCAUAGGCUAAGCCGAGAAAAGGCGCUAAACUCUUAAGGUUUUUGUCUGUACAAACUGAAGAUGUUAAGGCAGCAUGGCGGGUCUUGACGCCGUGCAUUUAGGAUCGAAAGUAGAGCACACGUACUACGCCUGGUUCUCGCCACACAGAAGAUCAGUCAGCCAGCAGCUUCAUUAUAUAGAUAGUGCGUACCGCCAGCCAGCCAGUCAGUCCUCUUGUUUACAUGCACAUCUUAUUUAUCACACACGGCACGUAGACGUUUCACAGAAGGCAUUCCUUUCAUCAUCAGGUUCAGGGGGUUCGAAACUGGUCGACACAGACUCGUCCUCGUGAUUCACUGCUACUCACCUUUGUUAACUGUUAUAUCCCGAUUGAAAGCUGCACCGGAAGGGUUCACUCGAGACUUGUUCCGAGGCUUCACCAACGCAUCGAGAUAUCUUGUGUCGGUGACUCUGAAGCAGCGACGGUGUGGAGAUACUCGACCGAGGAGUCACCCACUGAGAUCACGAGGACGGGCCCGUGUGUACCACUGGUGAGGGGCGUGGGUGAGGGUGUCGCCUGCCCCGUACCCUCCCAGUAGCCCCGUGAGCAUCCCCAUUAGCUACGUCACGGGAGUCACCAGCAGGAUCACGAGGAUGGGUCUGUGUACCAUCUUGAGGUGAGUCUUGGUGGUGAGCUUAGUGGUGUGGGGGGGAGGGUGUUGCGUGCCUCGUGUUGCCAGGGGAGGGAUUCUUCUUUGGCAUGUUCUUGGUCUUCGUUGUUCGCGGUACUGUAUAAUAUCGAGGUGAGGUUCCAUUAAAGAUUUGAGUCUGCCCUCGUUCUCACGCUCUCACUUGCAGCCAAUUGUUUAUAUAUUUUUUUCGUAUUUCGUCGCGUUUGUGUGUGUGUGUGUGUGUGUGUGUGUGUGUGUGUGUGUGUGUGUGUGUUGCAAGCUUCGUCCGUACUCUUCACGUUCGCCUCCUCUGCCGCCAUUACACCCGCCGCCGCCGCCGCCGAGCCACGCAGUGCACAACCCUCACCGCCAAACACAAGCGGGAGAAUAUUUUGGCGAAGCUUGUUUCUGCAGCUCCCCCGAACACCGUGUUAUGAAUCCUCCACCACUUUCCCCUUUACGGAUUGAUCAAGUGAGGAAAUUAUAAGUAAUUCCAUCUUCUGGUACUACUACUAAGAGUGUGGUGUAUAAUAAAUGUCCAUAUUGUUGAAACUAAAUGCCCACUUUCCCUUCCCAUCGGCUCAGACGUUGUAUGACUAGACACUCGCCUCUUUCAUCAUUUCCAGAGUUUUGUACAACUUCUCACUCUCUAGGAAGCAAUGUCUCUAUUUGUAAGCAUACGCUGAAGUUGAUUAAACUGCAAAAAAUAUAUAUAAAAAAUCUCGUGUAAUACUUUUCAAGGUAUAAAAUAAUAAAGUUAAUAUAUGUGUUGUA